AUGCAAGCUGACUCCUUCCUGAAGCAGAAGACUGGUUGAUUGGGAAUCUUCCUUCUUUCUGAAGUUCAGAAGAAUCCCAGAACCCAGCAGAGAAGCAUCAGAGGAACCUGCUGCAUUUAACAAAAUGGAAGAUUCACCUGCUGGCAUGGACCUAAGCAAUUGUCGGGAACAGCCAGAACCUACAGAUAUUCAAGAUAUUCAGGAUGAUGGCAAUUCCAAUACAUCCCAUGACAUGGAAAAUAUGAACAAUAGUGAAGAUUCAAAGGAAUGUCAUUUGACAAACGGAAGAGGGAGAGAAGGCUCAGAAGAUGGCUUCCCUAAAGUCAAAGGGGAAUACAUUGAAAAAGAGGAUGAUGUUUUGAAUUCUGAGUCAAUGGAAACUCGAGUAGAGCCUGGGGUCCUUUACAACUGCCGGCAGGAGUACGGAGAGUACGACAGCGUUGAACUAGAGAGGCAUGCUGGGCCUUACGACCUCAUCAGGCCAGCUGGUGGAAAACUCAGUUGUGACAUUUGUGGAUUGGGCUGUGUCAGUCUCAACGUUUUGAUGGUUCACAAACGCAGCCACACUGGAGAGCGACCCUUCCAUUGUAAUCAGUGUGGAGCCUCCUUUACUCAGAAGGGCAACCUUCUCCGUCAUGUUAAACUUCACACCGGAGAAAAGCCAUUCAAAUGUCACCUUUGUAGCUAUGCUUGCCAGAGGAGAGAUGCACUCACCGGUCACUUAAGGACACAUUCUGUGGAAAAACCAUUCAAGUGUGAAUUCUGUGGAAGGAGCUAUAAGCAAAGAAGUUCAUUGGAAGAACACAAAGAAAGAUGUCGAACGUAUCAGCAGAAUGCUAGCCUAAAUGAAGCUGAAAGCGUGGAGGGAAGACACAGCAAAACUGAAAUGGGAACUGAACGAGCCCUUGUCCUGGAUCGCUUAGCGAGCAAUGUAGCCAAGCGGAAAAGUUCCAUGCCACAGAAAUUUGUUGGUGAGAAACGCCCCAGCUUUGAAGUGAACUACAGCUCUAGCUUUGGGUAUGAGAAAGAAAGGGAUGCCAUUCUACAAGGACACAUGAUGGAUCAAGCCAUCAACAAUGCUAUUGGCUACUUUGGGGCAGAUGCCCUGCGCCCAAUUGUGCAGAACCCUGCAGCCCCAACUUCUGAAAUGGUGCCCGUGAUCAGCAGCUUGUACCCCCUUGCACUCACCCGCACUGAAAUGACCACCAGUAACCCACAAGAGAUAGAAAAAAGCCACACACUGCUGAGAGAGAAAAACAUUUCUUCUGACAGAGGCCUUUCUCCAAACAGUGGCCAGGACUCUACAGACUCCGAUAGCAACCAAGAAGAACAUCAUACUCAUGCCUACCAUCAGAACCAAACAGCCACUCUUCCUCUGCAGAGUCGAAAUGGGCUUCUGACCUACAAGGACCACCCCGGGGCAUAUGAUAUCUUCAGGUCACCAGCCAUUUGUCCUCGUGAUGUCUUCAAGGUCUUCAACAAGGACGGUGAACCCAUUGGUGUCCACCGCUGUGAUCACUGUCGUGUUCUCUUCCUGGAUUACGUCAUGUUCACCAUCCACAUGGGAUGCCAUGGCUUCCGUGAUCCCUUUGAAUGUAAUGUGUGUGGGCACAGGAGCCAGGACAAAUAUGAGUUCUCCUCUCACAUAGUCCGUGGUGAGCACCGAACAGGACUGAAAUGAGGCUGGAAUUCUUCCUUCAUUUUCUAGGAGAUGUCAUGCACAUUUAUACUGCAAAAUUAAAACAGUAUGAAACCGGUUUGAAAGGUAGUAUGCCUUCUCCCUUCAAACCCUAGGAUUUUUUGAGGAUAUUGUCUUCUGGAUGGUUCUGAAGAUUCCUCAAAUUCUUAGAAUUAGGGUUCUCACAGUUCCAAUAGGUUUAAACAGAUUUAAAAUUACUUUGCAUUUUUAGUGAAGUCAGACCUUAAAGGAUCUCCCUUUUUGCCUUUAAAAAAAAAAGAUCUCCAGAGAAGACAAUAUAUACUUUUAAAGACGAACUCUAGAUGUGUUAGGUCCCCAUCUACUUUGCAUUCUGAAAUUUAUUCAGCUGCCAUGACUCUCUCUGACAGUGUUCGAUUCCUGGAAAAAUAGAGGUGUGUGACACCUCCCUUUCUAAUAUUAGCUUUUUGAAGAUGUAUAGGAAAGCACUUUGUAAAUGCUAUUUUUUAAUGUUUAUCAUGCCUAUAUUCCUGAAGCAAGAAGCAGUUUUACAUACUUUGCAGAAUUAAUUAGUAAAAUAGGUUUUCCUGAACUAUGGUCAGGAAAGUCAGACAGUUUGUCCAAUGAAUCCAAUUCUGUCUACUCUGAAUGCAAUAGCUUUCAAGUAUUUCAGGUUUAGGACUUUUGCCUUGUCACUUUGCCUGAUUAGUUUUUAAGUGCCAAGCUUUCAACCUGGGACCAUCAAAAUUUAAGGGAGCCUACAGUCUUGUCUGAGGGAACUGUAUAUCUGAACAAUUCAUCAUAUAUAGCAAAUGGUUUACUGAAGCAUGCCAGCGAAAGACAUGCAAGAAGGCAUAUCUCUGACAGGCUUUUUUCUGUCUGUGAGGCAGGUGGAGGUUCUUAUUGCAGGGUAUUCAAUGAGAUCAAGAGAAGCUGAAUCCUUCCUCUAGGCUGCCUGAACUGGGAAGACUUUAUCAUGUAUUUCUGUCUCAGACAGUAGCACAGAAAAGAGGCUCAGCAACCUGGGGCCAAGUCUUAAGUAGAAGGAAGGCUGAAGUGAGGUCCUGAUCUCCAGUGCUGUAUUUCCAAGUGUGCAUUAGUGGGAAGCUUGUCCU